AUGAGAUUUUUUGUUCCUGCUUCACUUUUGACUUUGUCAUCCGGUGCUUUGGCUGCCAUUAGACCAGUUCAAUUCUUUGCUUCUUCUGAUAAUGAGGAAGUUAAUGGGCAAGGUUUAUACUCAACUCACGAAGGUGCUGGUAUCAACUACUUUUUCUUGGGUGCUGGUCAAACUUUACAAUACAAUGAUGAAGCUAGAGUUGUUUACGUUGAAUUGAACUCACAACCACCAGCAAGACAAUACCUUGCUUUCACAGGUAAUGUUUUGUCAUUGACUGUCGCUGAGGAGCCUUUACCAGUUGACAUUGGUGAAGACGGUUCUGUUACCUUCCCAGAAUCUGACGCUCUUGCUGCUGCCAAGAACAUCAAUGACCCAUAUAGAUACUCUGAAUCAGUAUUUGCUGUUGUUAAAGAUGGCGGUGAAGGUUCAUUCCCAUUGACUCUUAGUGCUAAAUUUGGUGAUGCUGAAGAAGAACAACAACCAACCUCAAGUGAAGAAGCCUCUGAACCAACUGAUGUUGCUUACUCAAACAAAACUGUCACUGUCUUUACCACUUACUGCCCGGAACCAACCACCUUGACUUUGACUGUGUGUGAAACCGUUUGCGAACAAACUGAAGUUACUGUUUCUGAAGCCGGUAACGUUACUGUUGAAAAUGUCAAGACUGAAGAAGCUACUGAAGCUCCUGCUGAAGAAGAAUCCACCAGUGUUGCUGCUCCUGCUGUUACCGAAGAGCCAGAAGUUACUUCUUACGAAGGUUCUGCCGCUACUGUCGGUGGUGCUGGUUUGGCUGCUAUUGCUUUUGCUGCUGCUGGUUUAGUUUUCUAA